AUGGCUACGGCUACCGCUGCUCGUACCUUCACCAAGGCCUUCCCUCGAAGCGCUUCCUCCGCCGCCUCGUCCCUCCGUCUCGCUGCUCGUCCAUCAAGAGACAAUGCCGCAAAGCGAUUUUUCCAACAAUCCUCCCGCCGUCACUAUUCCUCCGCCCCGGAGCCCGCGAAGAAGUCGAGCACCGGUGCCAUAGUCGGAGGAGCCGCCGCAGCUGCCUUGCUGGCUGGUGGACUCUGGCUCUACAACAGCCAAGGCGAGGUGCACCUGAAGUCCGGAAGCGCAGGACAGUCCGCAGGUCUUAUCACCCCAACCCCCGCAGACUACCAAAAAGUGUAUGACGCGGUGGCCAAGGCUCUCUGGGAGCACGACGAGUAUGAAGAUGGAUCAUACGGACCUGUUCUGCUACGACUGGCGUGGCACGCCUCGGGCACCUACGAUGCCGAAACUGGCACCGGUGGAAGCAACGGUGCCACGAUGCGAUUCUCGCCGGAAGCCGACCAUGGCGCCAACGCCGGUCUGAAGAACGCCCGCGAUUUCUUGGAGCCCAUCAAACAACAAUUCCCGUGGAUCUCCUACUCUGAUCUGUGGAUCUUGGCUGGUGUCUGCGCCGUGCAGGAGAUGCAAGGCCCGACCAUCCCAUGGCGACCAGGUCGACAGGACAGGGACCUCUCCUUCUGCACCCCUGACGGUCGUCUGCCCGACGCCUCCAAGGACCAGAACCACAUCCGGGCCAUCUUUGGCCGAAUGGGCUUCAAUGACCAGGAAAUGGUCGCUCUCUCUGGCGCACACGCCCUAGGACGAUGCCACACCGACCGCUCUGGCUACGAUGGCCCCUGGACCUUCUCCCCGACCGUCCUGACCAACGACUACUACCGACUCCUCCUCGAAGAGAAGUGGGGCUGGCGCAAGUGGAACGGCCCCAAGCAGUAUGAAGACCUCAAGACACACUCGCUCAUGAUGCUGCCCACCGACAUGGCGCUGAUCAAGGACCCCAUUUUCAAGAAGUACGUGGAGAAGUACGCAAAGGACAACGACGCCUUCUUCAAGGACUUCUCCGACGCCGUCGUCAGGCUGUUCGAGCUCGGCGUGCCUUUCCAGAGCAAGGCCGAAGACAGAAUGACCUUCAAGACCCUGGAACAGUAA